AUGUCUGGAGAAAAGAUCUACGAAGGUGUCUUUGCGGUUCAUAAACCCCAAGGUGUCAGCUCGGCCGAUGUUGUCCGUCACCUUCAAUCCCACUUCAACCCUUCAAAGCUCUUCGAGCCUUGGCUGGAGGAAGAGCGUGCCCGACGAAGUCGUGAGAGCCACUUCCAGCGCAAGCGCCGGCGUACCCAGCAAAUGGAUGUGAAGGUCGGCCAUGGCGGAACCCUCGAUCCGAUGGCUACCGGCGUGCUGGUGGCGGGUGUAGGCAAGGGCACGAAGAGUCUGAACGACUUCCUGGGAUGUACUAAGGCAUACGAGACCGUCAUACUGUUCGGAGCCGAGACCGACACCUAUGACAGGCUGGGCAAAAUUGUUCGACGAGGUCCGUACGAGCAUAUCACGCGGGAGAUGGUUGAAAAGGCCUUGGAACAGUUUCGGGGCAAGAUAAUGCAGCGGCCGCCCAUCUUCUCGGCGUUGAAGGUGAAGGGCAAGCCUCUGUACCAGUAUGCUCGAGAGGGUAAGCUGCCUCCGAUUGAGAUCCAGGAUCGGCCCGUGGAAGUGACCGAUAUACGGAUCGUUGAGUGGUAUGAGCCUGGUGCCCAUGAUUACAAGUGGCCCGAGACGGAGGCUACUGGUGAGGAGAAGGAGGUUGCGGACAAGCUCCUGGCGCAGGACGAUUCCUCACCGACUGCUGCAUCCACAGAACCAGCUGAAAACACUAAGCAAGAAGACUCUUCGACAAAACGCAAGUCACCGCUCUCUGCGGACAAUUCGAAGGAGGGGGAGGUUGAUGCCUCAGCCACUACGGACGCGGAUUGCGCUCCCACGGCGAAGAAGCAGAAGGUAUCUGCCGAAGGAGAUGAGGUUGCAACGCAGAAAGAGCAGUCAUCAAAAGUUACAGAAACAGUGGAGAAGCCUGCCACAUCACAAACCAACGAGAAUCCUGCUCCUCCCCAACCGGCGGCGGUGAAGAUCACCAUGACGGUCACUUCUGGCUUCUACGUUCGUUCAUUCGCACACGACCUAGGCAAGGCCAUUGGUAGUUGUGGUCUCAUGAGCUCCCUCAUUCGAACUCGUCAGGCGGAUUUUGAACUUGGUUCAGACAAUGUACUAGAAUACCAGGAUCUUGAGGCUGGUGAGGAAGUCUGGGGGCCCAAGGUGAAGCAGUUUCUCGAGCAGUGGGAGAAGAAAAGGGUGGCUGCGCAAAGUGCCAGUUGA